UUACUUAAUCGACUCGUGGGCUAGCUACGUCUCCUUCGUGGGACGAGGGACCCUCAUGGAGUGGUUUGGGGGUCUUUCCAGCAUUAAAGAUCAGAUAGGCAACCUAACUAAAGAUUUGCUUUCAGAUGGUUUAACGGAGGAAGAGAGUGCCAAAACAGGAUUGAAUUUGUGUUCCUCCCAUAUUAAGCAGUUACAGUCGGUGAUUGACUCACAGAAGCUAGAGAAUUCCGUUUUAACAAAUAGAAAUAAUGAGUUGGAGGCUCAAUUGGAGUCAUCUCUUUUCCUCCUAGAGGAUUUACGCCACCAGUUAACACAGCAGCAAGCUGAAAACCAGGCGUUGGUUUCAAAAUUAAGAGCUCAAACAUCGAUUGAGCGAGGUGAACCGGAAGGCCAGUCAUCAAACGCUCGGUCAAACGCCACCGAACUGGCUAGCGAGGAUUACUCCUGUUUUGGCGACGCUAUUUGUGAAGGCACUGCUGACUGGGAAGCACUUUGUGAUGAAGUGUCGCAACUGCGUGCAGAAGCUAUGAGAUGGCGCCAGUUAGCGAAAAAGAUUAAAUCAGGAGAAACCUGUCACAUCGAACCCUUGGUCAUUGCUGGACUUGAAGAAGAAAUAGAGGAUCUUAAACAGCAGUUAGUGUGUCUGGACAAUACACGACGAGCUGAGGUGGCUGCUGAACGUGAACGACAGAGGGAGCAUUUAAACAGUCUAGACGAACAGCUGCAAGCCUCCAAGAUACAAAUUGAAUUGCUCCGGGGACGAGUGGAACAAGAAACUUCUCUGAUUGAUGCACAGUCCUCGAGUACUUCAGACUCACUUAUUUCUCUUGAGACUGACCCCCCCAGCAACACAACUCCUCUGGAGCGCUUUGUUCCCAAUUGCCAACGUAUUUCAAAGAAAAAGGGACCCACUAACCGUUUGACGGAAUAUUCGCAUGCCCCUGAACCCUCACGGGUGGAUGAAAGGCCACUAACUUCGGCACAUUGUGAAGUCUGCACGCAAACAGAAUCGUCUGGAACAUCAACAGCUUAUGACAAUGAGGGACUUCCACCAUAUCGUUCUCCUUCGCCACCAUCGGGUCUUCUCCAAACCCAGGAUAUUGGGAUACAAGUCCAUCAGAGUUUUUCCGCCAUUGGAACUCAAACUUGCUUUGAAUUGUUUGAAGCAUCUUUGGCGGCCGCCAAUUUGCCCUCCUCCUCUUCUACCGAAUCAGAAUCACUGUCCCCGUUGUGUGGUAUAGACGUUGGUUCCUCACGUUUGCCUGAUAUAUGCGGUUUGCCUUCGCAGUCACACUUGUUGGAGGACUUCUUUCUUCAGCUUGCAGAAGAUAUGCAAUCUGACGUAAAUGCGCUCGUUGAAAUAGUUUCAAAUUUAAUCAAUGAUACGUCACCACCCUCCUCCGUGACGUCAAAUCCGGAUGAGUACGCUCCCCACAACACUCCGAAUGUCCACGGUCCAUCUAUAUCGUGCAAUGAUUCUGAUGAAGUCACGCGCAAAGUCGAUGAAAUCCGAGAAAAUCUGAAGUGUCACUGUGAAAGAAUUUUGGCCGUUUGUAAAGAACAUGCUUCGAAAACUUCUGUGAUUAAUCUGAAGAAAACAAUAAACGAGCUAAAGGAACGUCUUUGCGAGAAUGAACGAAUCAGUAAGGCACAUAUCCUUGACCUGGAGACUACUCAAGAGACUAGCGCCCGACUACAGCGGUCAUUGGUAUUCGCAGUGAGACAUUUGAUGUCCCGACCACUGUCUUCUUGGUGGACGCCUCCCUCAGAUAUUGUCCACCCUUGGCCUCCUACAGACCCAGAAGCGCAGUUGAAUUUCCUAAUUUCCUCCGAGCUUGCGGCUUAUAACCAGUUGAAGAAACUUCAUAUUAGCCCCGAUAAUGCCUCAGAAGCUCUUGAGGUUCCAAACAAAAACUCAGAUACUCGAGGCGGCAGCACCACUGAGGAAAUUGCUGGCUUGUCAGCUAAAGGCAUCACCGAACUAGCGCAUCAGUUGUGUGCAUCGUUAGAUGAAGAUUUUUGUAAGACGAAUUGGGAUCCUGAAGAAUGGGAUGCUGUUCUAUAUGCACUGUUGAAGCCUAGAUUUUUGGAUCCUCCCGAUGCGGCUGUGGAGUAUGCUGAGCGAUUGACUCAACUGUCCGCUGAAGUAACGUCUUUGCAAGAAAUGCUGAACCAACAUAUCGUUUUCCGUGCUCAAGCGGAACACGAUCUGCGUCAGCUUCUUUCGACGAUGACCACACAAAAAGAACAGAUAGAAAGCCUUUCCCUGGAGAACAGGAAGAUGCGCGAACAUAUUGCAGGAUGUGAACAGUCUGUGGAUGCUGCUCCGAUACCCAAAUUGUUGGGAUCCAGGGAAGAAAGCGGUCACUACGAUGACUUGGAGCAAGUCAUUACUGCUGCCCAUCACGAACUUGUUCACCAUGAUGGGGUCUUGUGCAACUCCGACGACGUUGUGUCCAUGUUGAAAUGUUUGCUUGCUACUUCAUCCCAUUCAAAAUCUAGAGCGGAACAGAUUGAAUUGAUGUACUCCUCCGUGGUCAGUGCUCUUCAAGAGAAGCACUCGGAGAGUCAGGCCUACCAUAGCCAACUCCAACAGGCAUGUGCAGAGCUUCAAGCAUGCAAAGCUGCCAAUCAAUCACUGCAACAAGAGGUGUCCAGAUUUCGAAAAGAAUUAACCACAUCACAGACACUCUUAGGAGAUCCAGCUUACUCAGAGAACGGCACCGCUUCGUUGACUCCAUCGAUCGAUGGUGGUGUAGUGGAUUCUGCACAUCCGAUUCAUCCAAGUGUGGAAGAAGCCAAAUUGCUUGCGGAGAUCUCUCGCUUGCAGUCUCAUCUAAUUGAGAUAGAGGAAUCUUACACUUCUGAGGCUUUGAACGCUGAAUCUAGGGAAGUAACUUUACGCGAGAAGCUUGCGGAAAUGGAGAUGCGUCUCCAGCAAGAGCAGCACAUUAGACGUAACGCUGAGGAUCGUGUCUGUAAAGCAGAGAGGGAACGAGAUGCCGCAAAAUCCGAGAUGGAGAAGUCAGAGCAGAAACUAAUCGCGUUAGAGUCCAAUCUAGCAAAUCUUCAAUCCGUCCUAGAAAGCUUUCAACAAAAUCAACAGGCGGUACUCGCAGUUGAAAUGAAGCACCUUCGUUCUGAACUUGAGCGGGCGUGUCAACGCGAAGCAGCCGCCCGUCGUGAAGCAGACCAUCUUGCUGCUGGUGUGAGGGAUCGCGAUAAACUGACCGAGGAAGUGCGUCAACUGAGUGCGCAAAUUGAGCUGCGAGCGUCAGAGUUGGCUUGUAUCCAAAAUCAAGUUGCACAGAAGAAUGAUCAAAUUGGCGCGUUGCGUUCUCGGUUGGCACAAAUGGCAGUUGACGUUGACUCGAAAAUCGACAAGGUUCUAGUGAAGAACCUCAUCAUCAGUUAUCUUCAGCUGCCUCCUAGUCACCGACAGAAUGGUGUUCGCGUCAUUGGAAGCCUUUUACAGUUCACUGAAGAAGAUUACGCCAAAGUCGGUUCAGAUUUUGGUUCUCCGAAACUUUUCGGCUGGAUUCAGAGCGCUAUGUCUCGCAUCUCAACCGGACCACCGAAAGAUGUGACAUUCUCUUCAAAAUACCCCGAUAAGGUCGGUCCAUCGGCGUUAAUUCACACCUUUUUACAGCAAUUUUUGCCUCACCUUUUGCCUUUCUCAAGCUCCCUUUAUCCCUAUUGAUUACUUGAAUGCAAAUUGUUUAGCUGUUACUGCCUCGAUUUGGGAUCACUUGGAUAUUUGCAGAUACCGCUUCCAUUGUGUUCCACUAGACGGGAUAGAGGUCUAUACGCCCUAGUUUGGUAGUUAGGUAACUUCAUUAUCUUCGGAACAUUGAGAUUAGCCACGAUAGUGUCACCUUGGAAUAGCCCACUGCGGUUAGCCAGAUUUGGUGCUUCUUUGUUCGCUACCAAGCCACCAUGUUUUCCGCACGCACAAAUGUAUCAGCUCGAAGACCUGUUUAUUUAAGUCGUCACUUGUAGGCCUUGAUAGCGGGUUCUGUCAACGUCCAUUCGGUACUCAGUAUCCUCGAGUUGAUGUCACAGACAGGCACGAACCUACUUGAAACGUUAUAGAGUCAGCGUCUCAGUGAGUGUCACACAAUCACUACACUGUCGAUUACAACAAUGAACAAUGACUUAUGCCGGGUAAAAAAAGCAGUUGCUUGACAACUCCCGCAGGAUAAUGGGGGUAAAACUACAAUUAUCAAAAGGUAGGUUAGUUGUCUGUUUGAGCGUUUAUCCAGCAGAUACGCUGCUGAAUAAUAGUAGUUUAAGUGGGAAUUGAAUGCGAACGACGAAGCAACAUGGGGCAGUUAUAGUUGAUAUGCUCCGUGGGAGAAGUAAAAACAAGAAAACACUUCUGUACCGACUCCUCAGGUUUAGGUGAUAUAUUAAUCCGGCUUGAAUGGAUAAUUAAUGUAUUCCGAAGUAGCACAGUUUAGGCGACGAGGUGAUGGGGGCCAAGGGGCAAGAUCCAAUCUGUUUUUUAGAAUAUCCUUGGUGGGG